CAUGCCAUUCCCGGCCAUCUAUCCGCAACCCAUUCCUCGCUAUGGCCGACUAGCCUAGUGCGGGCCAGCUUCCUCCCCUUUCAUGGCUUCCAUCAACCUCGGCUGGUUUGGCGACAACUGGUUUCGUCAACCCAACAAACCCUCUACACCUCCUAAUUUCGCCUUCAUCGGCGGCAGAAACCUUCCUAUCCAGGAUUCAGAGAAUCCUCAAAACCCUAAACUCACCUCCUCCACCAAUGGAACUACUGACGCUGAGACUUCCAAGGAGAACAAGCCUGGUAUGUAUUCACAGAUGCUCGAGCAGUUCUACUGGGAAUGCGAGAACCGGCCGGACCACCGGCACAGUCCCGAGGUGGAGCGGAUUCUGUCCGACGACCCAUUCUUCGAAAAGCCGGAGAACCUGACGCCGGAGAAGAUUCAAGAGAAUUUGGAGUGGUGGGAGGAGUUCACGAAGAGCCCCGUGGUCAAGUUCCUUAGGCGGGCGGAGGUAAUAGCUGAUAAGCUCAACGAGAUGGAGCUAAAAGAAAACGAGCAUCCUUACCGGUGGGAGGAUCGGAAGCUCUGGAAGGCUUUGCCAUAUGUGCCGGGGCUGGAUGGACGGCCGAUGCCAAGGAAGGCUAUUAAGACGAAGAAGGAGUCUGAUGACAAGUUCUGGGAUUUUGCAAGGCAGUUCUUGUUUGGUUUGUGGGGUUUCAGGCAGAGACCGUAUCCUUCUAGUCGGCCAAUCGAUGUUGCGCAGGCGAUUGGGUACAAGAAUCUGGAAAGGCGCUACUACGACUUCAUAAUGAGAAGCGGAGGGUGGUGGUACAAAGAUCGCUUGGGACGCACUAGAGGUCCUUUGGAAUUGAUAACUCUUAAAACUGCUUGGGCUGGUGGUAUAAUUGAUAAACACACGUUCAUUUGGGGUGAAGACAUGGAUGAAUGGGCACCAAUUGGGAAGGUCUAUGGUUUGGAAAAAGCUAUCGCCACAUGGGAAGUAAGACUAGGUGCAGCUGCAACUGCUUUCCUUCACAAACUUCAGAAAGGCAUGUCUCCAUGGACUCCGCUUAAAGGAUUCGAAAAGAAAACCUACAAACAAUUACAGGAAGAAGCACUAGAGAGCAAGAGAAGGGAUAUGGCUGUACUUGAGGCAAAUGGUGGCGUCUGGCCUGGGGUUAGAACUCCUAGCCAUGCUCUCUUUCUUUGGGCCAGCGGCUCUGAACUCACAACAAUUCUGGAAGCAGAUCACAUGCCAAACAAAUAUGUGUCCAAAGAGCUAAGGAAUCGGCUUGCAAAAGUUAUUCCAGGCUUAAGACCUUGGGAGGUUCUAAGCGUGGAACAAGCCAUGGAUACCAUAACUUAUAAUGGAGAAUGGUACCGUGAACCUCUAGGCUCCUAUGCUACAGGUCCUCCAUAUGUCAGAGAAUGGAACAGAGAAGUAAAGAGAAUGAUGAGGAUCUUUAGAAAGCUGAGCGUCAGAGUGUGCAACAAGCUGGAGCGCACCGUCCCUGGAUUUGAUUUGGUGAUUGAUAAAUUGCGAGCUGACAUUGCCGCAAGGGAGGCGCGGAGAAAGGAAAUGAGGGAAGCGCGCAAGAAAGCUAUGGCCGAAGCUGCAGCAGCCAUGCGAAGCUCUAAUGCUCCUAUCUAAUAACUAACCUUUGUGCUAUAGGUACGUCCAAUGUCAUUAUGUUCUCUCGCAUUAUACUUUUACAACAGUUUUAUUGUCUUGUGAUAUUAUGUGCUUAAUUUGCAAUUUUUGAUAUUGUUGUGACCUACUUGCUAAAUUUC